AUGGCUAACCAGGGCGACCUCACAGUGUCGUACGCCGACGUAGCCGCAUCCGGCCCCAAGCAGUCCGCCGCCGAGGCCAUGGCACCCCCUCCCCCCGAGAUCCAGAACUCGGAGUCGGCCAGCACCUCGUCGCUCGUCGACGUCGACACCCCGUCGGUGCGCACCGUGCCCUCCGACUUUGCCGACCAGGACGUGCAGACUGAGACGCAGGCGUCGCGGCGCGAGCGCGAGGAGGAGGCCGCCCGCGCCGAGGCCGACCUGGCCAAGAAGAAGGCCGCCGGCAAGGCCCGCAAGGCCGACAACGCCCUGACGCGCUGGUUCGCCGGGCUCGGCGACGGCGCCAGCACCGCCCUCGUCGUCAGCAACCUCGUCGGCGUCAUCGGCCUCUCGGGCUUCCUCGGCUACAAGGCCUGGGACCUGCACGAGAAGGGCCGCCUGGGCUGGAAGGGCGUCGGCCUGGGCCUGGGCGUCUUGGGCCUCGUCGGCGCUGUUGAGGGCGUCUUCGGCCGAUACCUCUACAAGGGCAAGAAGAAGCAGUCGUAG